AUGGAUGGCCACAGACGCGAUCAAGAGUCUCGUCCUUCAUGUGCAAUGCAUGCGAUCAAGGAGAUGUACUCUUACUUAAGGGAACCAACAUACGCAAAAGCGCAUACAAACAUAUUUACUGAGAGACAGUAUUUACAGGAGGGAAUAUGUAGACAAGGAGAAUGCGUGAUGGGCCUUGGUGAAAAGAAUGUUAUCAGAUACCAACAACCCUGGAGCUCUUAUCUUAUCGGCCUGGCAAACACGCUAACCGGAGUGGUCAUCUGUGGAGAACGAGGACAACAGCUCAUUCUCCCACUCACCCAUCCGCCUUGCCAUCUUCAGGACCUGAUCAAGAUGCGACGAAGAAUAACAUUUGUCCAGAGGCCGGAAUCUCCCUUUCACGUCGACCAGGCCGUGUUGACGAGCGAUGCGCUGUCCAUUACCCACCUGGACGCGGCGCGCGAGGAGCGGGCAACAUUCGGCUUCGAUGAGCUUCCUGCAGAGAUCUGGCAGGUCUUGAAAUCAAGUCACGAGCUCCAUAUCCGGUGGGCUACGGAGCGGCCCUAUGAGAUCGGAGCGCCAUUCUCCAGUCGGAUAUCGCCUGGUUUGCAUGUUUACUAUACCCCUGGGACGGCGAGGGAGACGGGAGUGGGAUUGUGCUCGCUUUUGAAAACGGUAUUCGAUGAGUCGCUAGAAUGUCAGAGUCUCCGGUACUACAGUCGUCUCCCUUCCCUGCAGAAUCUGGUCGCUUUCAUCCAACACAAGUUCUGUGACCGGUCGGACGAGAAAUGCGUUCAUCAUGCGGAAUCCAUACUUUCGGCCGACUCGGUCGAUGUCAACUACGACAGCAUCUCGCAUGCGCUGACCGUGUCUGGGUAUUGGUCGACAUCACCCGGCCAAGGAUGGACCGAGCAGAUCCGGAAGCAUGCCGCAGAUACACACCAGGUCGAGGUCGGGCUGCUCGGUGUCGAGAGCGCCACGGAGCCCGAGGAACUGAAAAUGGAACCGACCUUGUUUUCAUUUCCCUCGCGCCACCAUCCUCUCCCAGCUGAUGCGACCUACACCGUCUCCUUCCCCGCCCCAACCGGGCUCCAUCCCACUCUAACCAUCUCAAUGCCUCGCGCGUCGCUGAGGCGGCCCCCCGCACCCCCGGACGCCACGUGCGCCCUCCACACAUACCUGACCCUCCCGUCGUGGAUCUUCGGCGACAAAUACCAGCUCUCAACCACCGACCGCCUCUUCCUCAGCUCCCACAACCUAGCCGCUCUCCGCGCUGUAGCAGGAGAAACAGAUCUCGAAGCCCCAGACUGGGUCGUCUCUCGAUGGGGCUCAAACUGGCUGCUCGAGCUCGCUACCCCCCUUCGCCCGGAUACCAGCCCAGAGGAGUGGAACGCCUCGAUCCCCUUGCACCUGCGAUACCUGACCCCCUCCGAGUCCGGGUACCGCUCUGCCGCGGUUCCCUGGCCGAUCGUCUUCUGGGCGUGCACGGCAGAAGACGGCACCAAGAUGGGUGUCAACCCGUUUGAUCGGGUGAAUCUCGGCUGGGAGGGCUUGUUUGGGGCCCGGACAAUGUUCUAUCAGUUACACCCGGCGCCGGCGGAGGGCAAGGACCGCCUUGUGGAAGAGCUGGACGUCCCUGUCCUGCGGCUGCGAGAGGAUGCGGGAUUUUUCCAAAGCAAGACGAUCGAGUUGGGGACGGUGGUUGUCGUCGGGCUGGGGCUGCUGUGGGUCCUGUGGAAGCUUGGUCUUGUCCUGUGGAUAGCAGGCACAGGACGAAGCACACGGGCCCAGAAGAGAACGGACAAGCAUCGUAAGGCCGAGUAG